AUGGACUUCCGGCGACUCGCCAAGGUGGCAGAGACCACUGGCAACAGCACAGAUCCCAGCGCCCUAACCCAACUACCCUCGAACAUCUUGGAAGCGCUAAUACCAGGCUAUGGGCCCAUCUCUCGCUACAUCCUCUCCACACUCGGCAUCGACAUCUCCAUCUUCGUCUCCAUCGCUUUGAUCCUAGUGAUAGGUACUCGAGGUGGGCAGUACCUAUUCGAGCGAGGCGAGAGCCUCUUCCGGAAGCUCGUCCUCAGUUCCGCCUACAUCGACGACGACGAUGACCUUUUCGACAUGGUUAUGGAGUGGCUGGCCGAGGAGCAGAGUUCGGCGUCGAGGCGAUCGGUCCGAGCCAAGACCCAGCGAGGAUCGAAGACAGAUGGCGUUCUGGAAGAUGGUGCCGGUGAUGCGCUCGACGCCACAAGCUUCGCCGCACCCCAGCAAUCGCCGCACCCCAGUGACUUUUUAUCAUCAACACCACCAAUAUUGCUCAUAUCAACUUGA